GUGGAAAACAGUGACACUAGUGACAACGGUAGCGACUGUGACAAAAGGGAGAACACUGACAAUGGUGACAACAGCAACAAUGGUGACAACAGUGACAACAGUCAGAACGGUGACAACAGUUACAACGGUGACAACGGUGACAACAGUGACAACAGUGACAACAGUGACAACUCUGACAACAGUUAGAACAGUGACAAGAGUGACAACGGAGACAAAGGUCACAAGAGUGACAACGGUGACAACAGUGACAACAGUGACAACAGUGCAAACGGUGACAAUGGUGAGAACAGUGACAACGGUGACAACAGUGACAACAGCAAUAACGAUGACAACAGUGACAAUGGUGACAACAGUGAGAACAGGGAAAACAGUGACAACGGUGACAACGGUGACAACAGUGACAAGAGUGAGAAUGGUGACAAGAGUGAGAAGAGUGACAACGGUGACAAUAGUGACAACGGUGAAAACAGUUAGAACGGUGACAAGAGUGACAAAAGUGACAACAGUGACAACGGUGACAACAGUGACAAAGGUGACAACGGUGAAAACAAUAACAACAAUGACAACGGUGACAACAGUUACAAUGGUGACAAUAGUAACAACGGUGAUAAAAGUGACAACAGCGACAACCGUGACAACAGUGACAAUGGUCACAACAGUGAGAACAGUGACAACAGUGACAACAGUGAAAAAGGUGACAACCGUGACAACAGUGACAAUCGUGACAACGGUGACAUAACUCAGAACGGUGACAAUGGUGACAACAGUGACACCAGUGAGAACGGUGACUACAGUGACAACCGUGAAAACGGUGACAACUGUGACAACAGUGACAACGGUGACAACGCUGAAAACGCUGACAACAGUGACAAGGAGACAACGGUGACAAGAGUGAGAAGAGUGACAACGGUGACAGCAGUUAGAACAAUGACAACGGUGACAACAGUGACAACAAAGACAAAGGUGACAACAGUGACAACACUGACAACAGUGACAACGUUGACAAUGGUGACAACAGUGACAAUGGUGACAACAGUGACAAUGGUGACAAUGGUAAAAUAACUUAGAACAGUGACAAUGGUGACAACAGUGACACCAGUGACAACGGUGACUACAGUGACAACGGUGAGAACGGUGACAACUGUGCCAACAGUGACAACAGUGACAACGGUGCAUGACAACAGUGACAACGGUGACAACAGUAACAACAAUAACAACAGUGACAACGGCGACAACGGUAACAACAGUGACAAUUGUGACAACAGUGAGAACAGUGACAACGGUGACAACUGUGACAACAGUGACAACGGUGACAACGGUGAAAACGGUGACAACAGUGACAAGGAGACAACGGUGACAAGAGUGAGAAGAGUGACAACGGUGACAACAGUUAGAACAAUGACAACGGUGACAACCGUAACAACAAAGACAAAGGUGACAACAGUGACAACAGUGACAACGUUAACAACGGUGACAACGAUGACAACGGUGACAACAGUGACAACGGUGAAACAGUGACAACCAUGAGAAUGGUGACAACAGUGAAAACGGUGACAACAGUGACAAUGGUGACAAUAGUGACAACAGUUAGAACGGUGACAACGGUAACAACGGUGACAAAAGUGACAACGGUGCUUGAAAACAGUGAAAACGGUGACAACAGUGACAACAAUAACAACAGUGACAACGGCAACAUCGGUAACAACAGUGACAACGGUGACAACAGUUACAACGGUGACAACAGUGACAACGGGGACAAUGGUGACAACCGCUACAACGGUGACAACAGUGACAAUUGUGACAACAGUGAGAACAGUGACAACAGUGAGAACAGUAACAACACUGACAACGGUGACAACAGUGACAACGUUGAAAACGGUGACAAUGGUGACAACACUUAGAACGGUAACAAUGGUGACAACAGUGACAACAGUGAAAACAGUGACUAGAGUGACAACGGCAAGAACUGUGACAACAGGGAGAACACUGACAAUGGUGAAAACAGCGACAACGGUGACAACAGUGACAACGGUCACAAAAGUUACAACGUGACAACGGUGAUAACAGCGACAACGGUGACAACCGUGACAACAGUGCCAACAAUGACAACGGUAACAACGGUGACAACAGUGACAACGGUGACAAUAGUGAAAAGAGUGAGAAGAAUGACAACGGUGAAAACAGUGACAACGGUAAAAACGAUGACAACGGUGAGAACAGUGACAACGUUGACACCGGUGAUAACAGUGACAAUGGUGACAAAAGUUAGAACGGUGACAACGGUGAUAACAGUGACAACAAUGACAAAGGUGACAACAGUGACAAUGGUAACAACGGUGACAACAGUGACUACGGUGACAACACUAACAACAGUGACAACAGCGACAAUGGUGACAACAGUGACACCGGUGACAACAGUUAAAACGCUGACAAGAGUGACAACGGUGACAAUGGUGAAAACAGUCACACUAGUGACAACCGUAACAACUGUGACAUCAGGGAGAACACUGACAAUGGUGACAACAGCGCCAACCGUGACAACAGUAACAAAAGUGCAAACGGUGCCAAGAGUUACAACGGUGACAACGGUGACAAGAGUGACGACGGUAAAAACAGUGACAACAGUGACAACGGUGAGAAGAGUUAGCAGAGUAACAACGGUGAAAACAGUGAGAACGGUGACAACGGUGACAAAACUUAGAACCGUGACAACGUUGACAACAGUGACAACAGUGACAACAGUCACAACGGAGACAACGGUAAAAACGGUGACAACACUUAGAACCGUGACAACGGUGACAACAGUGACAACAGUCACAACGCUGACUACAGUGACGACAGCGAAAACGGUGACAACGGUGAGAACAGUGACUAUAGCGCCAACGGUGAAAACGGUGACAACUGUCAGAAUGGUGAGAACGGUGAAAACAGUGACAACAAUGACAAAGGUGACAACAGUGACAACAGUGAGAACAGUCACAACGGUGACAACGGUGACAACAGUGACAACAGCGACAACGGUGACAACAGUGAAAAAAAUGAC